UUAAUUUUCCAGACAGUUUCUUUUCUCGAAACUCAUCGCCUCGCUCUCUCAACUUUCCUUCCAUAAAGUCACUAAAUCUCAACCGCGAACCAAGCUUUUCGCUUCAGUUCGUUGCCGCACUCUCAGCUCUCUUCACCCUCACCCUCUCCGUCGUUCUUCAUCACCAAACCCUAGCUCUCUUUCGAAUCUCACUCCUCUUCACCAAUCUCAGAUCUGUUACUUUAUCACUCGAUUCAACCAAUUUCCUCUUGUUUUUACGGAUUCAAGGUUUUUGGAUUUGUGCUUGUUUCCACAAUUUUCAUUGUGUGUCGUUUCAGUUUCGUUUCUGUUUUCGUGUUUUCCGCGCUCAAAUUGAUGCAAAACUCUGUUUCUAAUUGUGGAUUUUGUGCUCAGAAGCGUUGAUUUGGUAGCGGAAAUUCAAGUUUGGCAUCAGAGUUUUUGUUAAUGCUGUGCUCUGGUUUUGGUUUUGUGGUGGUGGUUACGACGUUUGGAUUCCCAGGGGUUCUGUUGUUUGAUUAUGAUGGGAGAGGAAGCGGUUUGCCUCGUGCAGGCAUUGGCAGCGGAUGGAGUGAAGGGAAACAAUGAGGAAUCGAGGGCGGAACUGAAGCGGGAUUUCCACCAAUGUGUUGCUGAUACUGAGCCUGAACAACUGUCUCCGAACAAGAAACAAGCGAAAGAAGUUUCGAAUGAUGAAGUGCGCUCGGAGGUUUCCAACCCGAACAUUUCAGCGACGGAGAACGCGCUGGCUUUUCAAGAUAUCAGUAGCCAACCGACUGAAUCGGAGAAUGCUCACCACGCUGAGUGUGGGGAACUAACUUCCACUUGCCUGGAGAAUUCGAGUUCUUAUGGGUCGUUGAGUGAUGAAGCGGGUGUUCAGGACAAUAAUCAUAGUAGUAAUGAUAUUGAUAAUGAUAACAAUAACAAUAACGAUACUUCUCAGAAUGGUAAGGACACGAGUACUUCCCGUGUUGUGUUGGAAAUCCCCAAGCAUGCUAGUUCGACUGGGAUCAGAAAGAUUACUUUUAAGUUCAGUAAAAAGAAGGAGGACUAUUGCUAUCAACCACCUGCAAAGGAUGAUAAUGAGAGCUCGUGUGGAAUGGGUUAUGUUCGAGAUGGAGACUUGGAUUUGUACACUCGCAAUAUGGAAUUGAAAAUGUCAAAGAAAGUAGUCCCUGAUUGCUACCCUACAAAUGUCAAAAAGCUGUUAUCAACUGGUAUCCUUGACGGAGCUGUAGUGAAAUAUAUUUACAACCCAUUAAAGGUUGAGCUCCAGGGGAUUAUUAGUGGUGGUGGAUAUUUGUGUGGCUGUUCAAUGUGCAACUACUCCAGAGUGCUUAGUGCAUAUGAAUUCGAGCAGCAUGCCGGUGCGAAAACUAGACAUCCAAAUAAUCAUAUAUUCCUUGAAAAUGGAAGACCAGUAUAUAGUAUUAUACAGGAAAUAAAAACUUCCCCACUCAGUGUCCUAGAUGAGGUUAUAAAGAACGUGGCUGGUGCAUCUGUCAACGAGGAGUGCUUCCAGCUUUGGAAAGAAAGUCUUCUACAAAGCAACGAGAGGGAUCAGUCUUGUAAAAAUUUUAGUGCUAAGUCAGUUAGCAAUAGCACGCCUCGUACAAGCAUCAGUCAAUCUGUAGAAAGUUCGGGCCACUGGUCAUCUUUGCAUGCGCCAAGUCAUUUUGAGCAGCAAAUGUAUGUGAGUCAGACAACUGAUGAGUGGAAACGUCUGGUGAAAAAGCCAAGCUCCAACUCAGGUUUAUUGCUGAAGAAAAGUGCUGAUGGUUGCACCAAGAGAAGGGACAACGAUUUGCACCGGUUACUUUUUAUGCCUAAUGGACUACCGGAUGGUGCUGAGUUGGCUUACUACGUCAAAGGACAGAAAUUACUUGGAGGUUACAAACAGGGAAAUGGUAUAGUCUGUAGUUGUUGUGACAUAGAGAUAAGCCCUUCACAGUUUGAAGCCCAUGCUGGAAUGGCUGCUCGACGUCAACCUUACCGACACAUAUAUACUUCCAAUGGAUUAACACUUCAUGAUAUAGCUCUCUCUUUGGCAAAUGGUCAAAACCUUACCACGGGAGAUAGUGAUGAUAUGUGUGCAAUAUGUGGAGAUGGAGGAGAUUUAAUUCUUUGCAACGGGUGCCCUAGGGCCUUUCAUGCAGCCUGCUUGGGUUUACAGUGUGUUCCAGAUGGUAGUUGGCAUUGUCUAAAUUGUAGAGAUAAUGGAAGAGAGUCUUCUAUUGCGAGGCCAAUCAUGAUACGGUUGACGCGGGUUGAUAAAGCACCGGAAUAUGAAAUGGGUGGAUGUGUUGUUUGCAGGGAACAUGAUUUCAGUGUUGAAAAAUUUGAUGACCGAACAGUAAUAAUUUGUGACCAGUGUGAGAAGGAGUAUCACGUUGGUUGCUUGCGGGACAUUGGGCUCUGCGAGUUGAAAGAGCUGCCCAAGGAUAAGUGGUUUUGUUGUGAUGACUGCAAUCGAAUAUAUGUGGCUCUACAGAAUUCAGUUUCUGCUGGUGCAGAAAUUAUACCAUCUAGCUUGUCGGAACUAAUAAUCAGGAAGCAUCAGGAUAAGGGAUUAUAUACUUCUGGAGGCGUUAAUGAUGUUCAGUGGAGAAUUUUAAGUGGAAAAAGUCGUUAUCCAGAGCAUUUACCGUUACUCUCACGGGCUGCUGCAAUUUUUCGAGAGUGUUUUGAUCCCAUCGUUGCAAUAUCUGGCCGUGAUCUGAUUCCUGUUAUGGUCUAUGGGAGAAAUAUUUCUGGCCAAGAAUUUGGGGGGAUGUACUGCAUUGUUUUAAUUGUGAAUUCUGUUGUUGUAUCUGCUGGACUUCUGAGGAUUUUUGGCAGUUAUGUUGCCGAGCUUCCACUAGUAGCUACAAGCAGAGAACAUCAAGGAAAAGGUUAUUUUCAAGUGUUAUUCUCCUGCAUAGAGAGGUUGCUAUCUUCUCUAAAUGUAGAAAAGCUGGUGCUUCCUGCAGCAGGGGAUGCCGAGUCAAUUUGGACUAAGAAAUUAGGCUUCCGAAAGAUGAGUGAAGAUCAGGUAACUAAAUGUGUAAGAGAGGUGCAGCUCACCCUCUUCAACAAAACUUCAAUGCUGGAGAAGACAGUGCAGUUAGCAACAGAAUGAUGAUGCUUUGUCUGGUGUUGUAACUAAUUUUUGGUUAUUUAUUCAUUUUUUAGUAUUUUCCACACUGUAACAUUGCUGCUACGUUCUUGCUUUUAGCUUUAUUGUUUUUCCUUAGGUUGUGGCUGGGUUUCUGGAGAUGCCGGGCAGCCAGCCAUGCCCCCCCCCCCCCUCUUUGUACAAUGUAGGAUAAAAGAUUAAGCGUGGAAGAUGGAAACACGUGGCCUGGAAGGAUAGAAUUAGAGAGGAGUUCUAAGAGCAUGCUGACCAUUUUUUUUCAUAAGCAUGCAUUUCCGUCAUAAAAUUUUACUGUACUGAAUUUUGGGUUACACCUAAAAAACUAGUGCAUCUUCAUGGUGGAUUCACGGUUAUAAUUUGGGAUCUCUUUGGAAACUACACACCGUGAUGAAUAAUAGCAAAAAAUUGCUGGUUUGAUGCA